AUGGCGGAGGCCGAGAGCAAGAACCCCAAGACCCACACUCCUCCUACCGCCGAUGAGGACGACCCGGACCUGCCCCCACGGGAGGCGCCGGCCGGCGUCGCCGGACCGUUGCACGACUGGAAUCGCGCGGGGGCCGUGGAGCGCCUCUCCGACUUCCGCGCCAACCUCCGCCUCCUCCCCCCUCCCGCCGCCGUGGCCCCGUCCGCCGUGCACAGGGCCGGCCUCCGCGCCCUCGGCCUCCUCGACUUCGUCCGCCUCGACCACUCAUCCUCCUCCGCUGCCCCGCGCCACGACCUCGUCGCCGCGCUCAUCGCCAACUACCUGCCCGUUCGCGAGUGGAGCUACGUCCGAGGCGGCAGCCUCCAGGUCUCCCCCGGUACCUUGGCCGACGCGCUCUCCCUACCGGCCCCGGGGAGGACGGCGUCCAUCGACCACGGCCCCCUGCCCGGCGUCGACCCUUCCGCCGUGGCCUACGCCGCGACAAAGUUCAUCAAGACAUAUGUCCUGACGCCGUUACAGGCCACCAACGAGGGGAAGCUGCCCAGCUAUGUCGUUUCGGCGGCGCAGAGGGUGGAGGAUGGGAUGGCGCACACCGUUGACUGGACAUUUCUCAUCUGGCGCCUUGUCGUGGACGAGAUGUUCGAUCUUAGGAAGGGGACGAGGGCUGAUUGGGCGUGCCACUACGGUGCCUACCUGCAGAGGCUCAUCUGGGUGAAGAGGCCGGACCUCUUCUUGCCACCACCCGUGGCUGAUGCAUUAUUACCAGAGCAAGCAGCAUUGCAGAGCCGGAAAACCCGCCGGUUACAAGUCGAUGAUAAUCAGAAGCUACGUUCAGAGCUGGAGUCCAAGUUGCAGGAGCUUGAAGCAAGAUUAAAGCUGAAUGAUGAGAGAUCCAACCAGAUUGACGCUAGAUUGGAACAGCUUGAAGCGCGGUCUAUGGAAGUUGUAGCGAAAUCCAAGCAGAUCGAUGCACUGGUGACGCAAUGCGACUACGACAGGAGGAACCUUGACCAGGAAAAGGAAAAGUUGCACAGUGAGAUGCAAGCAAUUGAGUCGCGGAGCCAGGCUCUGUUUUCCAAGGAAUCAAAAAGCAGAGAUGAAUUGCAGCGAGAGAAACCGCAGAAAGUGUUGAUGGGUGUAAGCAAGCAGCUCGCACAGCCACUGGAGGAGAUGCACGCAGCGCAGUCCAAGAUGCAUGGGUCUGAAAGAAUAUCAAAGCUUGUUGGUGGGAGAUCCAUGCUGCUUGAUGUGAGGUCCAAGUUCCUUGACACGAGGCUGUACCAGCUUGAGGCAAGGUCUUUGGAGGUCGAAGAGAAAUCCAAGCUGCUUGACACGAGGUUGAACCAGCUUGAGGCAAGGUCUUCAGAGGUCGAAGAGAAAUCCAAGCAGCUUGACGUGCAAGCUGCGCAAUUUGACCAUGAAAGGAGGAACUUUGAGCAGGACAAGGAAAAGUUGCACGAUGAGAUGCAUGCCGUUGAGUUCCGCAACAAGGCUAUGCUUUCGAAGGAAGCAAAAAGCAAUGAUGAGUUGCACCGUGUUCAGAAAGAGCUGGUUGAUGCAAUUGAGCGACUAUCACAAUUACAGGAUGAGAUGCGCAUGACGGAAUUGCUCAACCAGGCUCUUGCUUCCAAUGAAACAAAAUGCAACGAACUGCACCAAAGACAGAAAGAGAUGAUAGAUGUAGGCAAGCAACUAGCAUGUUUACGGGAGGAGAUGCAUGCGAUGGAGUCGCUCAACCAGGCCUUGGUGACCAAGGAAUCAGAAGGCAACAGAAAAUUGCAAAAAGCUCAGGACGAGCUGAUAGAUGUAAGCAAGCAACUAGCAAAUUUACUUGCGGAGAUGCACGUAGUAGAGUCAUUCAACCAAGUUCUAGUUGCCCAGGAAAGAAAGAGCAGAGACGAGUUGCAGCGCGUUCAGAAGGAAAUGUCAGAUGUAAGCGAGGAGAGUGAAGAUGUGGCGUCACUCAACCAGGUUCUGUUUAUUAAGGAAUUAAGUAGUAACAAUGAGUUGCAGGCCGUCCGGAAAAGGCUAAAAGAUGGCUUGCAGACAUUGACAAAUGGACGACGAGCAAAUAUAGGUAUCAAGAGGAUGGGCGAACUUGACCUGAAAGCAUUUGCAAAUGCUUGCAGACGAAAUUUAUCGCUAGAUGAUGCAGAAGUUGCUCUUCUCUGUUCAAAGUGGCAAGAUGCAAUUACAAACCCAAAAUGGCACCCUUUUAGGGUCGUCACGAUUAAUGGUCAAGCGACGGAAAUUUUCUCAGAGGAUGAUGAAAAACUUCAGGAGUUAAAGGAGCAUGGUGAAGAAAUAUACACCUUGGUAUCAAAAGCGCUUCUUGAAGUCAAUGAGUGCAACGCCAGUGGCCGCUUUGUUGAAUCGGAGCUUUGGAACUUUAAGGAAGACCGUAAAGCUACACUGGAAGAAGCAAUCCAGUUCAUCCUGAAACAGUGGCAAUCGCAUAAGAGGAAGCGCAUGUAGCUGCAGGCUCCAUGUGAUGCUUUUGCUUCCGUAAAACUAGUACUUCCACCUUAAAGUAGUUAUAAUGUGAUUUAGUGUUAGUGGAUUAGUUAGAGCUUUGUAGUAGUUCUUACGGAUCAUGCAACUAGAUUAGCUGUGAUGACCUUUUGAUUGCUAGUGUUUAGCACUUUAGCCAGAUUCUCCAAUAGACUGCAGGCUACCCCUUGUAUCUUUGUAUAUGUGUAGUUCCUGGCUGCCCAUGGAAUUCUUGUAUAAAGGGACACUUGAACUUGAAUGAUAGGCAUGUAGGUGCAGUUUUCAUGUUUUAA